GAGACCUCUUCUGCCGGAGACUGGGUGUUGGGCGGUGCCCAUUCGCAGCAACUCGCGUACUCUACUGUGACUGCUUGUGAAGUUUCGAGCAUCUCUCUUGCACAGAUAGGGAGAAACAUUUAUCAAUGUGAUACACACAAAUACUCACUAUGAAUAUAGAGCGCAACACGGGGACGCAAUUCGUUAUCGCGAACGAUGGCAUAAAGAUUGCCUUCGAACGCUUGGGUAGAACUGGGCCCGUUGUUGUUCUGAUGCAUGGGUGGAGCGGCAGCAGGCACUAUUAUGACAGGAACUCACAGGCCAUCGCUAAAUACUGCCAAGUUUACGCCCUGGAUUACAGGUUUCACGGCGACAGCGGUCGGCCAACGUGGGGGUAUCAUGUUGCACGCCUCGCCGCCGACUUGCAUGACUUCCUUGAAGCCCUUAACCUGAGGGACGUCACUGUUGUGGGUAGCUCGAUGGGUGCUGCGGUCAUCUGGUCCUACAUUGAGCUCUAUGGGCCGCAGCAUCUCUCCAAAGCGGUCUUCGUCGACCAGGCGCCGCUGCAGAACAUCGCGCCGGAUUGGAAGACGCACAGCACGGGCUGCUACGACGCGGCGACGCUGGCGGCGCUGCGGACGCGGCUGGCGCUGGACUUUGAGGGCGUGGCGGCGGGCGUGCAGGAGGAGUGCCUGUCGCGCGCGCUGGGGCACGGCAUGGAGGAGGCUCUCAAGGCCGAGACGCUGCGCGCCGACCCCGACGCGCUCGGCCGCCUCAUGGCAGACCACACGCAGCUGGACUGGCGGCCGCUGCUGUUCAGAAUCACAAUCCCCUGCCUCAACAUGGUGGGCAGGCUGAGUGCGGUGUUUCCCUGGCAAGGGUCAGCAGUGGUGGGACAGCUCAUCCCAAGCUGCCAUACUGUGUUCUUUGAGCAGGGCAACCAUUUUCUGUACAUAGAGGAACCCGAAAAGUUCAAUCAGCUGGUUGUUGAUUUUGCACAAAAGGGACUGGCAGCGUCGAUCCCGGUGGUCAUCCCAUACCCGAUUGGGUCCAUCCCAAUCUUCCGGCACCCGUCUGUGCCCCUGAUCCCCAAGGAGCAGCUGCUGUUCCCCUCCAUCCCAAGCCACGCAGGCAAGACCAUUCUGCCCACUGUGCUGCCCGGGCUCCUGGGCUCGCUGCCCUUCCUGCACCCAGCCGGGUUUGGCCUCGACACCUACCUGCGGGACAUCUUCCCCUUCUCUGCCGAUGCCGGCGCCCCUGCACCAGGCCCGUCUGAGGCGGCUGAGGCUCCGGCGCUGAGUGCUGAGGAGGCACCGGGCCUGGACGCGAGCGGCACCAAGUCGCUGAUCGCACGCAAGAGGGCGGCUGCGCGCAAGCACCUGCAGGCCCUGAAGCACCGCCAGACCAUCCUGCAGGCCCUGGACAUCUCCAUCCCUGCCCCAGCCCCCGGCCCUAUUUCUGGACAGGAGGCGCCUGCGGUGGCCCCCACCUCAGCUGAAGCUGCAGCGCUGGGGCCCAUCCCAACCCCGGCCUCCUUCAACGCAUUCUUCACCCAGUUCACCGGAGAAGCGCUCGCACCGACCACAGCCCCUGAGGCCUCAGCGCCUGUUGUGGCUCCUGCCAAUGUCCCCGCGCCGGAGGCGGCCCCGGUCGACACAACCGCUCCCGUCAACCCGGAGCCUGCUGCAGUCACCCCACCAGCGGAUGUGGUGGCCCCGAUUGCCACACAGGAUCCCACUGAGUUGGGCGCUCCUCAGCAGUAG